CGAACUCUAUAAGUGAGCCUGUCAGCCCCGAAGGAAAUCCAGCAAAAAAGAAGCGAUGCGUGAAAAGAUCUUGUUUGAAAUGCCUAGUAGCGUCAGCAGUUAUCACCGUGUUCGUUGCAGCUAUGGUUGUGCUGGUUGUUAUGCGGGCUAAACACGCGCCUGAACCGGAAAAACUUGGUGGCGUGAUUAUCACUACAAUACGACCGGAAGAGACUACGACGAACGCCGAUAAUACAAUCCCGUGUCCCGACGUGAACGUGAAGUUGCAGGACAUGAUUGUCAUCAAGUGCCCGGAUCUGUACUCGUUGAAUCACGUGACCAAGAUUGCGUUGAAGCCACCCCUGUAUAUGAACGAGGGCAAGGAGAUUCGGGUGUCAAUAGGAGAACAGGCGAACACGUCUAACGAGUGGGUAGCAGUGAUGGAUGCUACCAGCAGACUGCUCACUAUAAAAGGUCCCGCCGCGUCCUGUCGCUCCACUGGCAAAUAUAGACUGCACGUGCAGGCAUCAGAGGACAUGUCUUUGUACAACCGCACCAUUGACAUCAACGUGAUAAGUGAAAUUAAGAAGGUGAACAUAUCGCUAAGUCAGGACGUGACCCACAAUUCCACGGACUACAAGAUCGGCUGCUCCACGACUUCCGGUUGCGAGCAGUCGUUUGUUGACUUCUUUGCGGAGAUUAACCAAGAGGAGCAAUUCUUACGAGGAGUGAAUUUCUCGUGCCAGAUUACGUACGACGAUUUCGCUGGUUACCGCGUCGAAUGCAAUGGCACCAUACCAGACUUCCUGUUAGCACAGUUUGAACGAAUUACGUGCAAGCCGAGGUCAAAACUUCUGGACCACCUUAAUGAAACAGAGAAAAGAAAGCUCGAAAAUGACUUUCCGCUGGUGCAUUGUAAUAUAACAACACAUUGCGGUUUCAAGUGCAAAGAAGCCGGCGAUUAUUACGCUGUAGACACGAACCGCUGUGAUAUAUUCCAUCGUUGCUAUGAGCGACAGGUCUACACUUCAUACUGUUCCCCCGGGACCUUCUUCGACCCCGGAGACUGCGCGUGCAAACACACAACGGAUCUGCCCUGGUGCCGGAGUGAUGGGGGCUUGAACCCCGAAAAUGAAAUAACAAUGAAGACGUGUCGUACACAGUAAAAUUACACUGUACUAUGCUUAACACGAAGAAAAGAGUACCUACAACUAUGUAUGCAACGUGAGCCUCGUUUUUAUCUUAAAUAACAUAUUGUUUCGUGAUAAAGUAGGAAGUGAAAUUCCUCUCUUAAUUAAUAUCGACGAAUAGCGUUACCAUGACGAGUGUUUACAUGAUAUAUAGUCUCUUGACCUUUGUAUGAUUAUACACAUGACAUGCUUAAUCUCGACAGAACAAACAUUUGUUUUCCCAUGUUUUAUUUAUACUUCUUCCGAUGCGUUUGAAUUUUUAAGUAUAACAACGUGUCUGCAUAUGUUUUCACCGGUUUCAUAGAAUUAGAGUCCGGCAACCGAAGCAACAACGAGACGCACUCAUGAAUAAUCGUGUCUGACUUCAGUUAUUUACACCUGUUAAUGGAAAAUGUAGACUUCUGAUGCUAUGUUCACAGAACAAACACAGGUUGUUUUUUGCUGGAAAUCGACAAAAACUUGGUAUGUGUAUAUGUUAAAAUGUCAACAACGAGGCGUUUUGCUAUCGCGUUUGAUGAUCUUUUUAUCAACUAAUUUUGUUCAGAUGUCAUAGCUUAAAGUUUCAAAAGGAUUUUAUUGAUGAUAUUAAGCACUAUGUCUCACAUGUUGUUUUUAUUAUUGUAUGCGCCCUUACAAUAGCCAGUUUAUCUGAUAUUUUAAUUUAUGUCAUUUAUGUGUAGUAUAUGUCAAUCCAAUCGGACUUAUUCCAGUCAGUACUAGAUAUUUAUUCGAGAUAUUUCAUGAAAUUGAAUGCAUCGUUAUAUUGUUCUUGCUCCAAUAUUGUGUUACUAAAUGAGAUUCUUUAAUUGCGUUAUAUUUCCACCUCUGUUUAUUUAUAUUUAAGGCGUUUAUAAUUACAAUGCUAAUCUGUAGUUACACGCACAUUUAUUUAUGUCUGAACAAUUAUUGCUCUUUGAGGUAACGCUUUAUUUAAAGCCAUUAUUUUUAUUUUAUUCCACAUAUUUAUAUCUUGUUUAGAAUCAUUGCACUGACAUAUAAAUA